AGGCUCAUUAGAUGCGAUGUGUGCCAGGAAAAUCUCCGCGCACGACACUUUCCUGCUCUAGACGAAUGUACGCACAAACCGACUACGUGCUCUAGGUGUCUUUCUCAAUGGAUCAAAUCCCAAUUGGAAACCAAGGGGUGCAACAGCAUUAAAUGCCCUGGUAACGGGUGUCGUCACAUCUUGAGUUACUAUGAGGUAAAGUAUCAUGCUUCGCGGCAAGUUUUCGAAAGAUACGAUGAAUUAGUCACUCGUAGCAGUCUAGCCAGCACUCCAGACUUUCGUUGGUGCGGGACACCGGGGUGCACAUCCGGCCAGAUACAUCAGGGUGCAGGAAACAUCUUCCAAUGCAAUGCUUGUGGUUCUCGUCAAUGCGUGAUUCACAACGUCAAUUGGCACGAAGGUCUCACGUGUGAGCAAUACGAUCGUCAACGAAAUGAGCAACGGAUCCUUGAAGAGAAUGCAAGCGUCAGAGCCAUCAGUUGUCUUACAAAGAGAUGCCCUGGACCUGGAUGCAAUCGGAAUAUCGAGAAGAAUGGGGGAUGCGAUCACAUGACCUGCUCGGUAUGCUAUUAUGAAUUCUGUUGGGAAUGUCUUGCAUCUUUCGAUGCGAUCAGAACCCAAGGAAAUUCAGCUCAUAUGGAGAGUUGCGAACAU